CUAGUGUUCUGGCAUAUUUUUGCAUAUUAGUCUUAAAUGGAGACAAAUUAUAUUUUCUGAAUGUGUUUACACCAUUAACUGGAUCCAAAUACACAGUGGAAGCACAUGCAUAUGAGCAGGAGCCUUCUGUUUAUGUUGUGCUCAUUCAUUUAGCAGGAGCUGAGAGUAGAGACUGCAGGGACUAUGACCCCAACCUCUUGGAUGAUCCCCAGUGGCCAUGUGGCAAACACAAACGUGUGCUUGUCUUCUGUUCUUACAUGGUAUGUUGUCUGUUGUACAAUGAGCCUAGACUGAAAAUGAUGAAGGAAGCACAGCAAUCAAACAAUGCCAAUCUGUCUUCCCCCCUCUUCCCUCAGACUACUGUCAUUGAGUAUACCAAACCCAGUGAUCUGAAGGGAGAUAUGAAUGAAACUUUCAGGGAGAAGUUUCCACACAUUGGAUUGACCCUCAGCAAAAUCCGGAGUCUGAAGAAAGAUAUCCAUAAGGUGGCUCAAGAGGACUGUGGAUAUGAGGAGCCUACAGUGGCCAUGGCCUUCGUGUACUUUGAAAAGCUGGCCCUCAGAGGCAGAGUGGACAAGCAGAACCGCAAACUCUGUGCGGGUGCCUGCAUCCUCCUGGCUCAGGCUGCCAAGAUCGGCAGUGACCUCAAAAGGCUAGAGGAGCAUCUGAGGCUGAGCAGGAGGGAGUUGCUGGCAUUUGAGUUUCCUGUGCUGGUGGCGCUGGAAUUUAACCUGCACCUGCCCGACCAUGAGCUGCUGUCACGCUGCAGACGCCUGCUGCAGACCACCUGA